GUGUGUGUGUGUGUGUGUGUGUGUGUGAGGGGGUGGGUGAGUGCUUGUGAGAGCAGGAGCGCGCACAUCUCUCCCGGUCCCGCAGUGAGUUGUAGAGGAUGGAGGUCCGACCUGAGCGCUUUAAAGCAGCAGCGGCCAAGACACUUGGAAGAAUAAACCGGGUUCUUGAGAAGCGUCAGGAGAAUGGCGAGACGAUCGAGCUGUCGGCGGAGGGUCGUCCUGAGCUCCAGGAGGAGAGGGAUCUCCCGGUGGUGGACUGCACGUGUUUCGGCCUGCCCCGACGCUACAUCAUCGCUAUCCUGUCCGGCCUGGGAUUCUGCAUCUCCUUCGGGAUCCGCUGUAACCUCGGUGUGGCUGUGGUUAGCAUGGUGAACAACCACACCGUCUAUAGAGAAGGCAAGCCGUACGUCGUGAAAGCUCAGUUCACCUGGGACCCAGAGACUGUAGGAAUGAUUCACGGAUCGUUUUUUUGGGGAUAUAUCGUCACUCAGAUUCCAGGAGGCUUUAUCUGUCAGAAGUUUGCAGCCAACCGAGUGUUUGGCUUUGCAGUCGUGUCCACGUCUGUCCUGAAUAUGAUGAUUCCCUCGGCAGCUCGCAUUCACUUCAGCUGUGUGAUUUUUGUGAGGGUUCUCCAGGGGCUGGUGGAGGGUGUAUCUUACCCAGCAUGCCACGGGAUCUGGGCCAAAUGGGCCCCGCCUCUGGAAAGAAGCCGAUUGGCCACAACAGCGUUCUGUGGUUCAUACGCAGGCGCUGUGAUCGCCAUGCCGUUAGCUGGGGUUCUGGUUCAGUAUUCAGGCUGGCCCUCAGUCUUCUACUUAUAUGGUAGUUUUGGGGUCUGCUGGUAUUUGUUCUGGAUUCUGGUGUCCUACGAGAGUCCGGCGGCUCAUCCGACCAUCACGCCGGAGGAGAGGAAAUACAUCGAGGAAGCCAUCGGGGAGUCAGCUGGCCUCGUGAACCCACUGGUGAAAUUUAACACUCCAUGGCGUCAUUUUUUCACAUCGAUGCCCGUUUACGCCAUCAUCGUGGCCAAUUUCUGCAGGAGCUGGACGUUCUACCUGCUGCUCAUCAGCCAGCCGGCGUACUUCGAGGAGGUGUUUAAGUUUGAGAUCAGCAAGGUCGGCUUGGUCUCUGCUCUUCCUCAUCUGGUGAUGACCAUCGUCGUGCCGAUCGGAGGACAGCUGGCCGACUACCUGAGGAGUCACAACCUGAUGUCCACCACAAACGUCAGGAAACUCAUGAACUGUGGAGGUUUCGGGCUGGAGGCCACGUUUCUUCUGGUGGUGGGUUUCUCACACACGAAGGGUGUCGCCAUCUCGUUUCUUGUCCUUGCUGUUGGAUUUAGUGGUUUUGCCAUCUCAGGGUUCAAUGUAAAUCAUCUGGACAUCGCUCCUCGCUACGCCAGUAUUCUGAUGGGCAUCUCUAACGGCGUGGGAACGCUCUCCGGCAUGGUGUGCCCUCUGAUUGUUGGUGCCAUGACCAAAAACAAGGUAUUUUUGCGUCGGGAGAGAAGCAGCCGUGGGCGGAGCCUGAGAACACGAGCGAGGAGAAGUGUGGUAUACUGGGAGAAGACGAGCUAGCGGAUGAAACGGAAGAGCUGUACCGCUCAACGGGAGGCGGCGGCUACGGAGCAACUAUCCAAUCAGGUGACCCCAAUGGGGCGGGGACUGGAGGGGGCGGAGCCGGAGGAAGCUGGGCCUCGGACUGGGACAAAACAGAGGAAUAUGUCCAACCUGUCGGCACGAAUAGCUUCCUAUACGGAGGAGAGGGGGACAGGGGACUGACCGAAUGAUGUUCAGGGAUUCUGGGCUCAGAGAUCAAGAGUAAAGCUGGAAGAGGACGGGUGGAAAACAAGGACUGAAUAUUCCUCCCGUGCAGAAACUGAGUGGGGCACAGGAAGUGGUUUUGACCCAAAAUAAACAAAAAAAAAUCAUAAUUAACAUCAAACCUGUCUAGUGAUAUCACAUAGAUUCAGCAGAAGUGUGUGUGAGAGUGUGUGUACGUGUCAGUUUGAGUGCAUGCAGAGUUUACCUAAAACCGUGACCAAUCAAACGUGUGGAUGUCAAGUGUGUCCAUACUUUUGACUUCCCGGUCGUGUAUGUUAGCAAGUGAUCAUCGAGGUUUUGACAGUAUUACUGUUAUGAGAUAUUACUGCCAUUCUGCCUAAAUUGUGACAAUCAUGAAGCUGUGUGUAAACGGUGAUACUCACAUUUGGAAUAGAUGUUCAAAUCCACUUUCGUAGAACAACUAAAGUAUAAUUUCAAUUACAAACAAGAUUUAGAGAAUUGAUCUCAUGUGCCAAUACUGUGAGGUGUGUUUAGUAUUGGUCUCAUGUAGACAAAUACACAUUUAAAGGCUAGUGAUAUAAACUAUUUAGAUGGUACUUUGUUUUUGAUAGCUAAUUCUCUUUAACGAUUCAUUUUUUGAUCUUUUUUUUGUAUUUAACCGGUAGCCAUAGUAAAGUUGUAUUAAUUUAUUCUAUUGAAGGAAUAUUUCACUUUCAAUAAAAGUCCGUCUCUAUUAUCGCAAUAACAAUUAGCACGUCUUUUUUAAUUGAGUGAAAAAAAAUAUUUUCUGUGAUAAUUGAUAUUAUCCCACAAAUGUUGUUAAUGGCGCUUUUUAUUGAGACAAAAACAUUCCUUUAAUUUUCUAAUAGUUUAAUUAAAACAAUCAUAUUCAGCCUUUACUUUUUUGUUCUGAGUCGGACAAAAACGCUGCCAAGCGCUGACCGCUAGCAUGAACAACACGCUGUGGAAAGAUAGCACAGAUAGCCGAGAGAGGGACAGGAGAUGUAGUAGAGAAGACGAGAUGAUCCUGCAGGUUCGUUACAGUAGAACUGAAAAGAAAUAACACAGUUUAACUGAAAUUAUCGGCACUUCUUCUCUUUCUCCUCAGCAUGGCACUUGACAUUUUCAAUAUACUCUUAUUUACUCGCACAUCAGCAAAUUAAAGGGAAAGUUCACCCAAAAAUGAUUGAUAUCUUCUGUAAAUCAUCUGGCUAUUUGGAUAAAUGGGGUGUCUUAUGAAAACAAAUGUCUGGGUCAUUUUUUUUUUAUCCCAAAAUUAAAAUGAGCACAAACAAACACACAAAAAAACAGAACCUCAAUUUUUC